CAACGUCCGGGGCCGGGGGAGGGGGCGUCUCGGGCAGAGACCCUCGGGCUCGGGGCAGCUGAGGCGCCUGGGCCUCCUCCCCACUGUGCCCGCCAUCGCCUUCGGGGCCGCGAGGGUCCUUCGUCUCGUACAGCCUCGCCGGUCUUUGGGACACUGGGGUGGUCUCGUUCUCCCAGACCUGGGACACCCGGUUUCCUGAGGCGUGGAGGACCGUCGCCCCGAGUAAGCCACCCGUACCCCGCCCCGGCAGCCUCCCUCUUAGUCGGGAGCCGGCCCUUGCUCCGGAUCCCGGCCCCAAGUUUGGCCACCGAGCACCCACCCCAUUCAAAUCCCCUUCCUGCUAUCCGGUGGCCUCUUCUAACCCCCAGGUUGCUCUGGCGAGCCCCCAAUGCCCUGACUUCUUCCAAUGUCACCUAUAGCCCCCUUGGCCUCAGCUCAGCCAGAAACUUUAAUGCAAAGGAAAAGUCUGGAUUGGUUUCACAGGCCUUUUAAAAAGCGGACAUAAAAGUUGCUGGCAAAGCAUUCCAGCUCCUCGGAGUGCAGACCAGCUCUCGCUGCAAUCUGGGUGACCCAUGUCCUGUUCCGGGAGAGCAGGGUAGAGAAGACAGCGGUGGCCGGUUCGGCAGGAAGCGUGUUGGAAGAUGAAGAAGCUAAGCUAGGGGGUUGGUGACUUCCACAGGAAAAGUCGUGGAGGAGCAUCCAGACACGAUCCGCGUUUCCUCCGCGUGGGGGUGAGGUGACUUCAGUACUGCAGACCCUUUUCUGCAUCCUGGUGAAUGUUUGUGGUUUUGCUUCUUGAAACGAAAUGAUUACUCAGCCAGAAAAGUACACUUAAAAUCAAGAGGCUUUUGGGUAGCAUGGCAGUGCCAUUGCUUUGAUGAACUGCAGGAAUAAUUGGAACUUGUGUUUACAUGUGUCGGCCUGAAAUCUGUGCAUCCUUUCUUUAUGGAAAAUUCUAUGAUUGACCUCAGUUACUGACUUGUGGCGAGGCGCUGAAUGUGAAAUCCCACGUACUUACUGUGUUUCUUCUAAGCUCACUGACCAUUCUGGAAGAUCUUGAACCCUCUUCUAAAAAGGGGUGCCUAUCAGUUACUUUAUGGGGCAGCAGCCUGGAAAAGUUCUUGGGGACCAGAGAAGGCCAAGUCUGCCUGCCCUGCACUUUAUCAAAGGAGCAGGGAAGAAGGAGUCAUCCAGGCAUGUGGGUCCACACUGCAAUGUUUUCGUGGAACAUGAAGCCCUUCAGCGGCCAGUAGCGUCUGACUUUGAGCCCCAAGGUCUGAGCGAAGCUGCUCGUUGGAACUCCAAGGAAAACCUCCUCGCCGGGCCCAGUGAAAAUGACCCCAACCUUUUCGUUGCACUGUACGAUUUUGUGGCCAGUGGAGACAACACUCUGAGCAUAACCAAAGGUGAAAAGCUCCGGGUCUUAGGCUACAAUCACAAUGGGGAGUGGUGUGAAGCCCAAACCAAAAAUGGCCAAGGGUGGGUCCCGAGCAACUACAUCACGCCAGUCAACAGUCUGGAGAAGCAUUCCUGGUACCACGGACCCGUGUCCCGCAACGCCGCGGAGUAUCUGCUGAGCAGCGGGAUCAACGGCAGCUUCUUGGUGCGAGAGAGCGAGAGCAGCCCUGGCCAGCGGUCCAUCUCGCUGCGAUACGAAGGGAGGGUGUACCACUACAGGAUCAACACGGCCUCUGACGGCAAGCUCUAUGUCUCCUCUGAGAGCCGCUUCAACACCUUGGCCGAGCUGGUCCAUCACCAUUCCACUGUGGCCGAUGGGCUCAUCACCACCCUCCAUUACCCAGCCCCCAAGCGCAACAAGCCCACCGUCUAUGGCGUGUCCCCCAACUACGACAAGUGGGAGAUGGAGCGCACGGACAUCACCAUGAAGCACAAGCUGGGCGGAGGCCAGUACGGGGAGGUGUACGAGGGCGUGUGGAAGAAGUACAGCCUGACGGUGGCCGUGAAGACCUUGAAGGAGGACACUAUGGAGGUGGAAGAGUUUCUUAAAGAAGCUGCAGUAAUGAAAGAGAUCAAACACCCCAAUCUCGUGCAGUUACUGGGGGUCUGCACACGGGAGCCCCCCUUCUACAUAAUCACCGAGUUCAUGACCUAUGGGAACCUGCUGGACUACCUGCGGGAGUGCAAUCGGCAGGAGGUGAACGCGGUGGUGCUGCUGUACAUGGCCACCCAGAUCUCGUCAGCCAUGGAGUACCUGGAGAAGAAGAACUUCAUCCACAGAGAUCUCGCUGCCCGAAACUGCCUGGUAGGGGAGAACCACUUGGUGAAGGUGGCGGAUUUCGGCCUGAGCAGGUUAAUGACCGGGGACACCUACACAGCGCACGCCGGAGCCAAGUUCCCGAUCAAGUGGACUGCGCCCGAGAGCCUGGCCUACAACAAGUUCUCCAUCAAGUCCGACGUCUGGGCGUUUGGAGUGUUGCUUUGGGAGAUUGCUACCUAUGGCAUGUCGCCGUAUCCAGGAAUUGACCUGUCCCAGGUGUAUGAACUGCUAGAGAAAGACUACCGCAUGGAGCGCCCGGAGGGCUGCCCCGAGAAGGUCUACGAACUCAUGCGAGCAUGUUGGCAGUGGAAUCCCUCUGACCGGCCUUCCUUUGCUGAAAUCCACCAGGCCUUUGAAACAAUGUUCCAGGAAUCCAGCAUCUCGGAUGAAGUGGAGAAGGAGCUGGGGAAACAAGGCGUACGAGGGGCCGCGAGCACAUUCCUGCAGGCCCCAGAGCUGCCCACCAAGACCAGAACCUCCCGGAGAGCCACGGAGCCCAAGGAUGCCGACGCGCCCGACAUGCCUCACUCCAAGGGCCAGGGGGAGAGCGAUCCUCUGGACCACGAGCCUGCCGUGUCUCCACUGCUCCCUCGAAAAGAGCGAGGGCCCUCGGACGGCGGCCUGAACGAGGAUGAGCGCCUGCUGCCCAAGGACAAGAAGACCAACCUGUUCAGCGCCCUGAUCAAGAAGAAGAAGAAGACGGCCCCCGCGCCGCCCAAGCGCAGCAGCUCCUUCCGCGAGAUGGACGGCCAGCCAGAGCGCCGGGGGCCUGGCGAGGAAGAGGGCCGAGAGGUCAACAAUGGGGCGCUGGUCCUCACUCCUGCAGACACGGCUGAGCCAGCCAAGGGCCCCAAGUCCAGCAAUGGGGCUGUGGUCCCCAACGGCGCCUUCCGGGAGUCAGGGGGCUCGGGCUUCCGGUCGCCCCACCUGUGGAAAAAGUCCAGCACGCUGACCAGCAGCCGUCUAGCAGCCAGCGAGGAGGAGCAGGGCGGCAGUGCCAGCAAGCGCUUCUUGCGGUCCUGCUCAGCCUCCUGCGUGCCCCACGGAGCCAAGGACGCCGAGUGGCGGUCGGUCACGCUGCCCCGUGACUUGCAGUCCACUGGAAGGCAGUUCGACUCGUCCACGUUCGGGGGGCACAAGAGCGAGAAGCCAGCUCUUCCUCGGAAGAGGGCAAGUGAGAACAGAUCUGACCAGGCAGCUAGAGGCACGGGGACGCCCCCACCUAGGCUGCUGAAGAAGAACGAAGAGGCUGCGGACGAGGUCUUCAAGGAUGCCACGGAGUCCAGCCCGGGCUCCAGCCCGCCCAGCCUGACUCCCAAGCUCCUCCGUCGGCAGGUCAUGGUACCUCCUUCCUCCAGCCUCCCCCACAAGGAUGAGGCCGGGAAGGGCAGUGCUUUAGGGACCCCUGCUGCAGCUGAGCCAGUGCCCCCCACCAGCAGGGUGGGGUCAGGCAUUCCCGGAGGUACCAGCAAGGCCCCAACCGAGGAACCCAGAGGGAGGAGGCACAAGCAUGCCUCUGAGUCUCCAGGGAGAGACAAGGGCAAACUGGCCAAGCUCAAACCCCCGCCGUCCACCAAGCCGACCGGGACCCCCUCCAGCCCAGGCCCCACGCUCUCCACCGUGCCGUCAGCAUCCGCAGCCCUGGCGGGGGACCAGCCGUCUUCCACAGCCUUCGUCCCUCUCAUAUCGACCCGCGUGUCUCUUCGGAAAACCCGCCAACCCCCGGAGCGGAUCUCCAGCGGCGCCAUCACCAAGGGCGUGGUCCUGGAUGGCACCGAGGCCCUGUGCCUCGCCAUCUCCAAGAACUCCGAGCAGAUGGCCAGCCACAGCGCGGUGCUGGAGGCCGGCAAGAACCUCUACACGUUCUGUGUGAGCUACGUGGACUCCAUCCAGCAGAUGAGGAACAAGUUCGCCUUCCGCGAGGCCAUCAACAAGCUGGAGAACAACCUGCGGGAGCUCCAGAUCUGCCCGGCGACAGCGGGGAGCGGCCCUGCGGCCACUCAGGACUUCAGCAAGCUCCUCAGCUCUGUGAAGGAAAUCAGCGACAUCGUGCAGAGGUAGCAGAAGCCAGGCGUCCUGCCAGCUGGAGUGAUUGACAGGAUCGGCAAGUGGCAGCCUGGCC